CUGAGUGAAACGUCCCUAAAAGUGGGAGCGGCAAGACACACCCUGAUUAUUAGAUUUCGUAUUGAACAUUGGAGGUGCGAAAACUCAGUUGUAAGCUCUAACUGGUAAAUGAAACACCGGUAUAACCGAUAGAUUAACAGUUGCAUUUGCGUCGAGCAUUGUUACUAUUAAAUAAAAUGGGAAACAAAGUAGCUACAUUCACCGAGGAACAAUUGGAAGAUUAUCAAGAUUGCACGUUCUUUACCCGAAAAGAAAUCUUAAGAAUAUAUAAACGGUUUCGGGACAUGGGAGACCCUGGGGCAGUUCCACGAUCCAUGACGCCUCAACAGGCAUCGACACUUCGUAUACCACUGUCUUGCUUGACACGCAUACCAGAAUUAAAGGUUCUUAGAUUAAUCUUUCUGCCCUCGUUCGAUGUUAAAACUCUUUUCACACGUGAGCGCGAGGUGCUUGACGAACAGUUACAGUUGAUCAUGUUUCAGGAAAAUCCGUUUAGACAACGAAUUUCAGAGGUGUUCGCAAAAUGCCAGAAUUCGGGAUUGUCAACGUCCGAUGUUUCAAACGAAGGAAUCUGCUUCGAGGAGUUCCUUGAGAUGAUGUCGGUUUUUUCGGAACACGCACCCAGAGACUUGAAGGUGUUCUACGCUUUUAAGAUUUACGAUUUUGACGAAGAUGGGGUAUUGGGAUUGAAUGAUUUAGAACGAACUUGUCGACAGUUGGUUCAAGAUGGUUUGAAUACCGACGAAGUGGCCACUGUGUGUCGAAAAGUUUUGGAAGAAAGCGACAUCGACGGUGACGGUGUUUUAUCCUAUCUAGAGUUUGAACAUGUCGUAACGAGAGCCUCAGAUUUCAUGGCAACUUUCCAUAUAAGAAUUUAAUUCUUAUCGCUGUCGAAAAUUAAUAAAAUUUACUGCCAGUCAAUAAAACACAUACGUUUAUUUA